AUGGACGGGGGAGACGGCGGCUCGUCCCAAGGGCUGCUGUCUCCCGACGCUCUACUAGAACUUCUUUCCUUCUUGCCGCACCCAGAGGCUCAAAGGACCCUGCAGGCGCCGCUCUCGAAGGUGUACCUCUCUUCUUUCACCCUUGAGGAGAACAUUUGGAAGGCGAGGUGCGUGGAGCAGUGGAAGGUGCCCCCCAACACCACCUGCCACGCUUGGCGCGCCCUCCACAUCGACCUGGUGCACUGCCUGUCUCUUGUUGACGGCACCGCGGAGGAGACUUGCGGCGGCGGCGGCGACUACGACAACGUGGUCGCGAUCGUGCAGGUGCUGGACGUCUACCGUUCCCUAGCCGAGAUGACCCGCGCUUGCUUCGACAGGCUCGGCCACCUCCUGAAUAGCGAAGAGGCCCGCCAGGCCGUCAAGUGCGUAGACUGGCGCAUCAUGGACCACGCUCUCUGGGCGCUCAAGACAUACCCCGAUGACGUGGACUUGCUGCUGAAAAUUCUCCGCUUCCUCGUCCUGGCCGGGCGCCCCGCGGGGCGCAUGGAGGGGGCGGUGAUGUCCCGCCCCCCCGCCUCCGACGGCCCCCUGCGGGCCUUCGGCCCCUCGGGGGAUGGCGUGGAGGCGGUCCUGGCGUGCAUGGAGAGGCACCAGUCUAACGCCGCGGUCCAGGCCGUGGCCUGCUGGUCGUUGGUCAACCUGGCGCUGAUCCCCGGGCAAAAGAGGUCACUGUGCCGGCAGGGCGGGGUCCUCGCUAUCGUGAGGGCGAUGGCCCGGCACCCCCAGGACAGCGAGGUUCACUUCAGGGCCAUGUUCGCUCUUAUCAACCUGGUGACGCCGGACGUCACCUCGGAGAAGAUCAUCCAGCCGGACACCAUGAAGGCCGUAGUCGCCAUCGUGGUGUCGGCGAUCCAAGCCUUCUCGAACAUGGUGACCAUCGUCAACCGGGCCUGCCUCGUGCUUCACAACAUCGCCCUCGACCCUGGCCACCUUGGCGCUCUCGUGGCCAUCGGUGCUCCCGAGGAGCUCCUCCACGCUAUCGGCAAGCACCCCACGGACGCCCUGCUGAUCCAGUGCGCCACGGGUACUCUCCGCCGGCUCGGGCGCUGAAGGCAGCAGCGGAAACGAACGAACGGCCGACCGUGUGUGCCGCAGCAGCAGCGGCAUCUUAUCAGCGAGCGCGCGUGUGUGCGAUGCGAUCUCCGCGGUGAAGAAUUCUCGAGGAAGUAUAUAUUAAACUAUCUGUUUUUUCACGCGCCUAUGCUAGGUUGUCGCAACAUACCUGCGCUGACUUUUGGAAAGGAUAAGGAGCGGCUUGGCUGUACGUAAAAUUGGGAGGGGUGGGGUCAGAACUGUUUUACCAACGCUAAAGACCGGGCGCUGCGUCUGACAUUUGUAUUUACGGCAGGCGUUAGAAGUGGUGUGUGCUGGGACUCGGCAUGAGGUUUGCAGUUGCAGGUUGUCUUUUGUAAUUUUACGUGUUUGAUGUAGAAGUGUUUUGUUUCUCGAGUGUCCGAUGCGAGAACGACAGCAGCAGCAAUGCUUGCUCUGUGUGUCAGCCUGUGCUUAGUUUACCGCCGUCCUGUUAACCCCGACGUUGGGAAGUAUUUGCAAACCAAAUGGCGUAAGUACGAACGAACGCGUUUAGACGAGUUAUUUCUUGCGUCUCGGCUGCUUGUUCAUAUGGAUUUGAUAGACAUAGAUGU